AUGGCCGGGGCAGACUGCGCUCCAAAUUCCGUGGAAUACUGGGAUGAUUUCUACGACGAUCGGAGGAGUGCCUACGAUACGUUAUACGGCUAUGAGGAUCUGCGAACGCUGCUGCUGUCCUUGAUGCCCCUCGAUUCUCGGCGCGGACAGUCUAAGGUGCUACACGCAGGCUGCGGAACGAGCAACGUCACUGAUGGCUUGUGGCGCGAUGGCUUCAGAAGCAUCCUCAACAUCGAUUUUAGUGAUGUCGUCGUGAAGCUCAUGGCAGAUCGUUGGUCGGAUCGUGCAGCGUUGAGCACGGAGGGGGAUGCAAUGCUCACAGGUGUACAGUGGCAGCAGAUGGAUCUCACGGACUUGUCUCAGUUGGCAUCUGCUCACUUCGACAUGGUACUGGAAAAGUUUACGUUCGAUGCCAUCCUUUGCCAGGCGAAGGACGAUAUGCUAGACCCCCGUGGGGCGGCGGCGCUGCGAGAAUUGCACCGGGUUCUGAAACUGGACGGUGUGCUGGUGUCCGUGGCCUGGGGAGCGGAGAGGCGCAAGGCUUUGCUUCGAAGUGGCGGGCUGUUUGACGUGGAGGUGCACCUCUUGCCUGGGCAGGCUUCACAGAGACCGUAUGUCUAUUUCUGCAGGAAGCGACUGCCACUUCCCCGUAGCUCUGUGGCCUCGCAAAGCUGCGAGCACCAGCAAGUACAGGAGGCAAAGGAGCCGCAAGUCCAGAUUCGGGCCGACGGAAGCUUGGAAGUUGUCAUUCAUUUGGACGGUCACGCUGCCACGGAUUUGACCCUGGACCUCAGUGAGUCAGAGCUUCGCUGGUCACUGAAAGGCCUCACAAGGAGCCUCCCGUUGCCCUUUGCCAUCGAUGCGAGCAGUGCGACAGCAAGGCGGUUCAAGGACAAG